GUAGGAAAUACAAGGCACCUCCUAAGGUAAAGAACUAUCUCAUGACGCCGUCGGAAAAAAGGAGUAAUCUCAUAAUCCAGUUUUGUGACAGCAUUCGCAAGAGAGCCAAUUCAAAUUUUAACCAAGAGAUAAAGCAAUAUCAUCAAUCUUUAACGUCGCAUAUCAUGCAUUGUGCAUCUUUCUCCUCAUACAAUCCCAUUUUCCAACCUUUGAGCUCUCAUACCUUUCUACGCAUAAUCCAAGACAAAGACAAACCCCAAAGAAACAAACCCAAACAAUCUCCAUUGUCACUCGGAAUGGCAUACUUAAACCACCAAUUCCCACCCCUAACCCCAAACCUACCUCUCCCAAGAACCACAAACUCCGCAUCUGAGAUCGGAGUGACCAGGUAAGCCUCACUCAAAGCCCAAACUCACCAGACACAACACACUCCAGAACCUCCCACCAGCGCACCCUCAAAAUGUCCGUCCUCACCGAAAUCACACACCUACACACCACAGCCUCACACAUCCUGCGCCCUCUCGGCCGCGCCCCAACGCGGAGCGAAUACGCCUCCGCGCUCGAACUCGCGGACGAGGCCCUCGAGCUCGCACGCACGAGCCCCGUCUCCCUGAACCCCUCAGUAAUCCCCACAUGCGAGGCCUUCCAACGGUUCUGCUACGACCCGCUGCUGCGCUGCUACGCGCGGGCGGCGGGAUACGAGCGCUUCGUGUAUGAGCGGAGCUCGUCGGCUUCGGCGACGAAGCGCAAGCGCGCGGGCCGCGUGUUCGACACCGAUCCCGGCGAGCAUUUGGUCGAGGCGCUGCAGGCGGUGCGGUUGGGGCGGUUGUUGGAGGAGAGGGAGGGGAGGAGGAUUCGUUGGCGGGAUGAGGUUUGAGGGGAGCGGGUAGGUAUGAGCGUGAGAUGUGGUGUGGGAUUUAUGAGAUAUACAUAAGAACACUUACUACUGCCACGGGCCUGGGGCUUGGUGGUGGUUAUGAAGGUUUCUUGAAGGGUUAAGAAGGUAGGCUUAUUU